GUGCUUGAGGCAACGAUAAAGCUGUGACUAAAGUUUUCAAGAGAUUGCUGACACAACCAGGCGAUUAGAUAAUUUCCAGCCUGUUCCUUGUAUGAAGCGCCACGGUCGGUGCUGGAAGCCAACAGGGAGUGGUUAUGGCAUUACGGCGAAUGUAAUGUAAUGGAACCGACAGUUCCGAGAAUACUGCGCUUUCGACGCUAGAACUUUCCACAGAACCGUUGGCACAGCAAUUUCAGGCAAACUGACGCGCUGCUCCUCAUGGCUUCUCAAGACCAGCGCUAUACGUUGUUUGGGUUUUCACCGGAACUGGAUUGGAGACCAGUGCACUUCGUCGAUUCCGCACCAGUGAACAGAAUAUGCGAAGCGUGUGGUCUGCUGCCCAGAGUGAACAUCUUUAUGCCGUGUGGACACGUGCUAUGCCGAAGCUGCUAUGAACAAUGCCUCCUCGACGAGGCAUACGCCUGUCCGCUGGACGAUUACCCGUUUCUUGAAGAAGACACUCAGUGGGCAUACUUUCCUUUGGAGAACCUGCUCAGCCGGAAGGUAAAGUGCUGGAAUGAGGACCAUGGCUGUGAGCUGGUGCUGGCUGCUUCAGACAUGCACAGGCAUUUUUACGAAGAGUGUGGCUACCAUUGUACACGUUGCCCGAAAUGCUCGGCAUUCGUUCUGCGCAGUAGUAUGUGUGCGCACAGGAGAAGUAACUGCAGCAGCUAUGCAGCGCCAAGCGUGGCGGAAGAUCUCAACUCAUCUAACAAGUCGGCGCAGAAAGCAGUUUUCAUGGCAUUGCAAAAAGUAUUACUAGAACUUGCAGGAGACAUGAGAUGCCGGCUUUAUGAAUUAGUACGCGGCAGCAUCGCUCGCUGCAAUGUACUAAACGAGCUUUCAUGUAAGGUAAAUGCCUUGAGAGAGGCACUGGCAGAGCUGUCGGAAAAAGCAGUGCGUCAACCUAAUGACCUUGGUGACGUUUGGCGAUGCGUCAGCGCUCUUCGUGAGGCAACAAGUAAAUGCCUCGAAAAGUUGGAACAGAGCAAUACCGAGCUAAGGAGAUAUUUUGCCACCGACGGCGACCUAGUGCAGAUAGUUUCCCACAGUGUGAGCACCUUCCAUGGUAAACUUUCAAAAGCACUCGAGCGUGCCACAGAAAUGAUCUGCCGAGAGUUGAAUACCAGCACCGACCCCAUAGCUGCACUUAACGCUCAAGAGACGGAAACCGGCCAUGUGGCAUCGGAUGUGAUAAGAGAUCUCUUCGGACACAGCACACUGAAUUUUAAACACUACGAGGUUUAUGUCACGGGAAUGAAGUAUCUAAAAGAAAUGGCAGUGUCAGUCGGCUGCGCCGAAUUCUUUUCGGAUCCCGUAUAUCUCGGUGGCUAUUACAUCUCGCCGGGGUUGCUUAUGGAGAAAAGUGAAGGUUCUAUAUUUGUGUACGGGCAAUACCGCCUGCACAAGGGUGCCAUCGAUGAAUUUCUGAAAUGGCCAUUCAGUCAUACCUUGAUGGUUGCCUUCGUGAAUUUCCCAACAAACAGGAUCGGCGAGUUUUCAGAUGAGACUGCCAUGAGCCUGGAAACUUCUGGCGGGCCUGCAGCUGCGAGGAAUACAAGUACCGUUUUUAACCAUAAAUGGGACUUUGAAUAUCUCGAACGUGAAGGCUAUAUUGAGAAUGACAAGGUCCGGCUAAAGUGGCGGCUUGUGCCUAGUGAAUCCGAAUAAAUCCUAUGCUUGCUGUGUAUCGUGUAUAAACGAGUAACAUCAGUUGGAUUUAGCUGUGCGUUUCGUGAGGCGCAUAAUACUGGGUGCGUACAAAUGAAGAAUGUGAUCAAACUACGAAUGUCCUUAGUAUUUCUUUGAGAUUAUUCCGCUUUUCCUGUUGCCCCACAGUCGAUUUAUAACCCUUCUGUUUUAGACGUGCCUUAUAUAAAUUGUCCGAAAGUGA